AUUGCCAGUCCAAAAAAGGGAAAGAGAAGGACUCCCCUUUUUAGAAAGUAGUUGAGUCGUCGGUAAAAGAUGUCGUCGGGAAAUAGUAGGUAUAUGGCGUAUUCACCAUCUCCAUCUGCACCUCACUCUCCUCAUAUCUCAGCCCUUCGUUCUGCCACGUCAGCUAUCGCCGAACAAGAAAAGUAUCUGUCAGAGUUGCUUGAGGAACGCCACAAACUGGGCCCAUUUGUGCCCGUCCUUCCUCAUUGUUAUCGGUUGCUGAAUCAGGAACUUUUGCGUGUAACUACACUGUUGGGGAAUGCAUCAGUUUUAGAUCAAAAUGGGCUUAAACAUGCUAGCCCCCUGGCUUCAGGAGGAAUGUAUUCAAAUGGAGGAGCUAAUGUGGACAGAUGGACAUCACCAUUUCAAUCAGAUAUAUCAGGUUUAAUGCACUCAACGUCGACUCAAAACUGGCUAAAUACUCAAAGUAACUCAUCAGGCCUCAUAGUGAAGCGAACAAUCAGAAUUGAUAUACCCGUGGACCAAUAUCCUAGUUUACAUUUGCAGUACAAUUUCGUGGGACGCCUCCUGGGCCCUAGAGGGAACUCUCUAAAGCGAGUGGAAGCUACUACUGAAUGCCGGGUUCUGAUAAGAGGACGUGGAAGCAUCAAGGAUCCAGUAAAGGAAGAAAUGAUGAGAGGCAAACCGGGGUAUGAGCACCUGAAUGAGCCACUUCAUGUUAUUGUGGAAGCUGAAUUGCCAGUGGAAAUCAUUGAUGCUCAGCUAUUGCAAGCACGUGAGAUUUUGGAAGAUCUGCUCAAGCCCAUGCAGGAUGAGUCUCAGGAUUUUUAUAAAAAACAGCAGCUACGUGAACUUGCAAUGAUCAAUGGUACUCUUCGUGAAGAAAGUCCUCAAAUGUCUGGUUCUGUUUCCCCCUUCCACAACAGUCUUGGGAUGAAGAGGGCUAAAACCGGGGGGUGAUAAAUAACUUCUCUAGUGGGAAUUGGAGCUUGUGCAUUGAUACACACCAUUAACCAGCAGGUCCUAUGCAACAGGUGUUGCUAUAAAGUCAUAUGCCUCGCACUGCCAUCGGGGCACUGGUGCUGUUCUGUGCCAGUUCUAACUUGUCUCUAUAUGAUAUGAAGUGUGUUUAUGUUCUGGUUGGGGAAGAUUUAGUAAGAGUAAGCCGUAGUAGUGGAGGGGUUUGCUUGAUGUCACCAGGUGGUUUGUCCAGAGCGUUGGUAUCUUACCGACGUCAUUGUAUUAUUCCAUUAAUUUCUAGUUUGUGAUUUGAUGGUGUGGGAAUGCCUGUAAUGCUAGCGAGGCGUGUCUGUACUGAAAAAAGAAAAAGAAAAAAGAAGGUGGGGUGAAGAUCUAUGUUUAAAGUGUCUCUGCAGUUGGUGCCUUUUCUGCUCUCCUUUGGUACAUUAUCUAUUAUAUUAGGAGAGCAUUCUUCUUAAUCUUGUAGACAUCAAGAACUUAACCAUAUACUUAUGGUUUGGGGUCAGUUUCUGCUUGUAUUCGUUGUGGUUGUAUGAUUGGUGCAGUUGAUGUUCAAAUUGCUGAUAAAAUGUCGAAAUUUGUAUUACCUUGUAA